AAACUAUUAGAGCCCAAUUGGUUUAUACAAAUAAAUAUAUAUUUUUGUUUUGCCGUUUUAUUUGUAUUUGGAUAUAUAAAUGAUUUUAUGCUAUAUAUUGGUUUGAAACAAAUAAAGAUUAAGUCAGAGAAAAAUACAAAAGGUUAUACACCAUUAUACGGCACGUGGCAAAGUUUUUUCGCGCGACACAUCUAUCGUCGGGCGUGCGAUGCAUUCAAUCAGCCCAUCUCAUCUGUACCGGCCGGUAGUGUUCAGGUGCUCGAUAGAGAGUCUAAAGAUAAUAAAUAUACAUUUAAUUUUACGGGAAAAAGAUAUAAUGCAAUUAAUUUUGGUUCAUAUAAUUACUUGGGUUUCGCGCAAAACAUCGGUUGUAUUACUGAUAGAGUUAAUCAAACCAUAAGACAAUAUGGAGUGGGCAUUGGGUCAACACAUCAUGAAUUAGGUAAAUUAAAAAUUCACAAACAAUUGGAGCAAUUGUUUGCCAGAUUCUUAGGCGUCGACUCAUGUAUUAUGUUUGGUAUGGGUUUCGCCACAAAUACAAACAAUAUACCAAUUCUUGCGGGAAAAGGAUGUCUUAUAUUAGGUGACCAAUUGAAUCACGCGUCUCUUAAAUCGGGAAGUUUUAUAUCGGGUGCAACUUAUCGUACAUUUCCACACAAUAAUAUGUGUGAAUUGGAGAAUAUUAUCAGAGAUGCCAUUGUUAUCGGCGAUCCAAUAACUGGACUGAAAUGGAAAAAAAUUAUUUUAUUAGUAGAGGGAGUCUAUAGUAUGGAAGGAACUAUAUGUAAUCUACCUGAGCUAAUAUGUUUGAAAAAGAAAUACAAAUGUUAUCUAUAUGUCGAUGAGGCCCAUAGUAUCGGUGCCAUCGGUCCCAAUGCUCGCGGAGUAACAGAUUUUUUUGGUUGCAAUACAGAAGACAUAGACUUAAUGAUGGGAACACUGACUAAAAGUUUUGGUGCAUCGGGUGGUUAUAUUGCGGGACACAAACAUAUUAUUGAUUAUAUCCGCAUCAAUACGUAUAGCGCUUACGCAACUAAUAUGUCGGCACCAGUUGUACAACAGAUUAUAUCUGUUGUAAAAAUACUAAUGAAACAAAUGGGAGGCAAUGAAGGAAUAUUAAAAGUUCGACAAUUAUCUGAAAAUACCCGAUAUUUUCGCAAACGAUUAACAGAAAUGGGUUUCAUUAUCAUUGGACAUCCAGAGUCACCCGUUAUACCUCUAAUGCUUUAUUUUCCAUCAAUUGCAGUAGUUGCAGUUAAAAAUGGUUUGAAAGCUGGCAUCGCUACAGUAGCUGCCGGAUACCCGGCCACAUCACUAACCACUACUCGACUAAGAUUAUGUAUGUCUGCUUCACAUACAAGGGAACAGUUAGACAAAGCACUUGAUAUUAUUAGUGACAUUGGAGACCAUUGUUGUAUUAAAUAUGCUAAAUAUUGA